UCUCAAGAACCUGCCUUCGCCAUCGACCGAUAGCAGCAAGAAGAGUCCAACGUUCCAUAGCCGCAACGUGCCUUGGCAGCGCGUGAUCAACGCCAAAGGCGGCAUCAGUCCGAGGACCGAGCGCAGCGGCUCAGCAAGCAGAUGCGCUGCGCAGGGAAGGAGUCGAGGUCAGCCAGGAUGCUAUGGGGCAGUAUACAGUGGAUCUUGGGAGAUACGGCUGGUUUCCUGAUGUCCUUCCCAGCGAGGCUGGUCUAGUCGAAAGUAGCGACGAGGAGGAUGAGGAGGAGGCCGCGUACCAUACAUAGCUGAAGCAUACGCCUGAGGAUGCACUGGGAAUGGCUGUCUUGGUCAACCAUGACAAUUACAACAGGUUAACGUUACAAGCUAGCAAUGAGUGCACGGCCACGGCGGCCGAGUCCGGGAUCUUAUCAAGGCUGCGUGGUAAAGGGCGUCAUGUAAUAAGCUGCGAUUGUUGGGAUGCAUGCCGUGACUGUUGCUGUCUGAGGUGUGGAGGAUCCAUGUGGGGUCGGCGAUCGGAAGCUGGAGCACAGCUUGGGGCGCUUGAGAGCUUGAGAGCUGGGAGCUUCACGCAUGUCCUUGGACACCAACCAGGAACACGGCAGCCUCCAGCUCGCCCACGUUGGCCACCCAAGCCGUCUGAAACCGCCAUGAUGGCAUCAUGGGCAACAGCGUCAAACCGGAUGCGCUUCGGGCUAAAGCGGGAAAUGGGCCUCGGCGAGUCGGAAGCUAGAAGCUGGGUCAUGAGCUCCCACAUCUCCCCUUAUCAGGAACCACGACAAAGGCGGGGAUGGUGCCUACGCCCUUGACGACAUAGGGACGGCGCAAGUAAACAACUGCCUGGCCCGGACACGAGCCGUAAUCCGUAAUCUACCAUAAGAGAGCCUGCAUAGCCACUCGCCUCGCCCGAUCAGACCUCAUCAUCCUGAGUCACU